AUGAAUUCCUUCCCGCAUAAGCUUGACCUUCGUUGUGGAACGUGGAUAUGCCAGAAUGGGAGUGGUCAGGCAUUUGGGUCAUACUGAAAUCACAUCUAAUAUCGGAACACCUUCCGGGCCAUCCAUGCAUCCCAUUAGCUAGUAGGGAAUAAUGUACAUUGCACACUCCUUAGUCCUUCGGCUUUAGGCACCUCCAUCCCUAAUACGACCUAACCUGCGUUACUCCUACCUAAAGUAUUUUUAUGGUAUUGGUGGGUAUACCACACUCCCUUCCAAGGGUCGCGUCACUGGUGCCGCAAGGCCAUGUCGAACGCCCGCCCUCCUCCCCACUCCCUUUCAAACGACGCCGGUGAAGAAUGUGAACAUGACCAACAUAACGAUUUAACCCCCCACUCCGAUGACAAUAAUGAACCACCACCCUCCCUCCAUUUACCGUCGACAUUUAGCCCUCCUCCUGGACCCGAUUUGGAACUGCAAGAGCUGUCCUCCGCUGCGUCGCGUGAGACCCUCCCCCCGAAUGGCCAUGAUCUAUUAUUGCUAGCACGAGAUCACGAUAUCGAUACCCCCGUUCAUCACGAGCCCCAUGAUCCCUCCGCCGAGAAUCCCGCCGCCUCGACUCUUCUGCCUCCCUCCUCGCCUGCGUCUCGCGACUUCGACGCGGAGGGCUAUUCCACCCCGGUGACGGAAGAAGAUCUGGAUCCGGCCACCGCGCCGCUCGACCUCCGCAUGUCACGUACACCCCUCCUCAACAACCCCGUGUCGGGGACGGGAUACGGCGGGAUUCCCUCCUCGAGCAGGCCUCGAUCUCGAGAUCAUGACAGAGACGAAGACGACAGGAGCAGGACGUUCCGGAUACAUCGCGGUCGGAACACAAGGCUACAACGAAGCGAUCCAGGACAGGAUGGGAAUCAUGGAACAUAUGGACGACGGUCAUUUUCACUUUCAGGGCGGGACACGAGUAAUGAAACGGAGGGCGAGGCAAGGAGACGGAAGAAUCAGAGCAGCAGCGUGCCGAGACCGAGACCAAGAUCCCGUCGAUUGCCCUCGCACGAUUUCGCCGGGCAGGUGGAAUUCGGCAUCGGAGGGGAGAGGUUGACGCUCGAGAUCGACCGGGACCCCGCCCCUGGCCCCAAACUCGACGACGAAGAGAACCCCGAGUCGUCAUCCCCCUCCGACUCUGACCGAGAGACCUUGGGCACCUCGACUACUUCUGCUCGAUCACCGUCGGCACGGCGGCGGUCCCGAGCGCGCCGCCGGGCCAAAAGGCAGGACACCACGCCGUACGCCCAGGUCCGCGCCAACACGCGGCAAACCGACGACAUCACCCUCUCGAUCAAUACGCCGCGCAUGUGGUUUUUCUCCAUGCUCUUCGCGGUCCUUGGGUCCGCGACCAACAUGUUCUUCUCGCUACGAUACCCGUCCGUGAGCAUCAAUCCGACCAUCGCGUUGCUGCUGGUGCAUCCCCUGGGGAAGCUAUGGGACGCUGUUUGGAAGCGGUCGGGGGAUCCGGUGGAGGGGUUUGUGGAUGGCUGGUUGGCGGAGCGAACGGCGAGGACGGAUAGGCCUGCGCGUGGGGUUGGUCGCGUGAGGGAGGGGGGAGAAGAACGCUGGCAGAGGAGAUGGAGAUUAUGGCUGGCACAAGGACGGUGGAAUUAUAAAGAGCAUUGCUGCGUCUAUAUCGCGAGCAACGUCUCCUUCAGCUUUGCGUUCGCCACCGACGUCAUCGUCGAGCAGAAGAUGUUCUACCACCAAGACCUCGGCGUCCUCUACCAAAUCCUCCUCGUCCUCUCCACCCAAAUCCUCGGCUACUCCCUCGCCGGCGUCACCCGCAUCUUCCUCGUCCGCUCCAGCGGCAUGAUCUGGCCCGGCGCCCUCACCACCGCGGGCCUCUUCAACACUCUAUACGAAAAAGACAACGCCCCCGCCGACGGCUGGACCAUCUCGCGCGCCCGCUUCUUCAGCUACGUAUUCUUGGGCUCUAUGGCGUUCUACCUUCUCCCCGGCCUGCUCGUGCCGGCCAUGAGCUACUUCAACGUCAUGACCUGGUUCGCGCCGCGGAACAUUGUCGUCGCGAACCUGUUCGGCGUGGUCUCCGGCCUGGGGCUGUUUCCGAUGACGUUUGAUUGGGCGCAGAUCGCGUACAUUGGAUCGCCGUUGAUCGUGCCGUUUCACGCGGCGAUGAACGUGAUGGCGGGGAUGCUGUCCGUGAUGUGGAUCGCGGCCCCGUUGCUCUAUUACUCGAACGUCCUGUACUCGUCAUAUAUGCCCAUCUUAUCUUCGUCGGUCUUCGAUAACAGGGGCCAUGUUUACGACGUCAGUAAGAUCCUGACCAAGGAUUUCCUCUUGGAUAUCGAGGCGUAUCAGGAAUACAGCCGGGUGUUCUUGCCCAUCACAUACGUGCUAAGUUACGGCAUGCAGUUCGCGGGCCUGUCGUCGCUGUUGACGCACACCAUCUGCAAACAUGGAAAGGACAUCGUUAAGCUAUCGAAGGACGCUAUGCGUCAGGCGAGGACCGAGGCGAAGAAAGAAUACCGGCUGCUGCACGAUGAGGACGAUUCCGAGCCGAUCCAGCCGAUGCGAUCAAGGACCAGCACCGACAUGUCCGGGAGCGCGAGUCCGGAUACGGAGAAUUUGAUGGACCAGGAGGACGUGCAUGCGAGGUUGAUGCGAAGGUACGACGACGUGCCGAUGUGGUGGUAUCUUUUGACGGGACUGUCGAUGCUGGGGUUGGCUAUCUUUACCGUCGAGUAUUACCCUAUUCAUCUUCCCUGGUACGGCCUCGUCUUGGCCUUGGGUACUUGUACCAUUCUUUUUAUCCCUAUCGGCAUCAUCAACGCGACCACAAACCAAAGCAUCAGCAUCUACAUUCUCUGCCAACUUAUCUGCGGAUACGCUUUCCCGGGCCGCCCUGUCGCUAAUAUGGUCUUCACCACCUACGGCUACAUCACGGCCUUCCAAGGCAUCAAAUUCGCCUCCGACCUCAAACUUGGCCACUACAUGAAAAUCCCCCCCCGCACCCUCUUCGUCCUCCAACUCGCCGCCACCUUCGUCGCUUCCUUCACCCAACUCGGCGUCAUGAACUGGAUGCUCGCCCACAUCCCCGGCAUCUGCUCCCCCGACGCCAUCAACGGCUUCACCUGCCCGCUCGCCCGCGUUCAUUUCAACGGCAGCAUCCUCUGGGGCCUCGUCGGUCCCCAGCGCUUCUUCGGCGGCGACGGCCUCUACGCUCGGCUCCUCUGGGCGUUCCCGGUCGGCGCGCUGACACCGAUUUUGGUCUGGUACCUUGCACGCGUUAGCACCCGCAGCCGCCCGUUCUGGCGGAAAGUCAACCUCCCCAUCUUCUUCAGCGGGCUGUCGUGGAUCCCGCCGGCGACGGGGCUGAAUUUCAGCGUGUGGGCGCUGGUGAAUUGGGUGUUCAACGACCUGGUCGCGCGGCAUCGGCGGGAGUGGUGGAAGAAGUAUACCAUGAUGCUGAGCGCAGCGCUGGACUCCGGGCUGGCGGUGGGGGUCACAGCGAUUUUCUUUGGAUUUUUGUAUCCCGGGUGGAUGGAAGGGUUUAGUUGGUGGGGGACGGAGGUGUACAAGGAGGGGUGCGAUUGGCAGGCGUGUGCAUAUAAAGAUGUGCCGAAAGGCGGGUUUUUUGGGCCGAAGACGUGGAGGUAGAGGAUUAGGAUACCACAAUAGAAAUGCAUAUUGGUCUAUGCCGUUGCUUCCUGUUCUCGUUCUUCGUUAAGGACAAGAGCCGUUUGUAUGUCCAGCUUGUACCCUAGAACUGCAACAGGUUUCUCGGAGUAGAAUUAUCUAACUAUCGCUGAACAACCAAAGUCUAGCUUGUGCGGC